GGUUAGCUACGGGAUUUUUUGUUCUCUUGUGUUGGCCGCUGCUGGAGGAGGGGUUGGUGUUGGCGAGGCUUGCCAAGCUAGCGAGCGACGUUAUCCAGACUGGCUAAACAGGUUUAAAUGGUGGUAAAGUGGGUAAAGUUAACGUAAACUCAGUUCGGGACUACAUACGAAGAUGGUGAGCUGAAACGCCUCUUAAAGCUGCUACGGUGGGAGAAAACGACAGAAAAGGCUAAGAAAAAUAAAUAAAUAAAAAGAAGUAGAGGAAAUCCCCCGAAAGGAAAUGCCAAUCGCAGCCGCUGGACAGCCAACGACCCAGGAGCCCAGAGUUUGCCCCCGGCUGCCCUCCACCCCGGAGCCUGUCCCUAAAGGGGCUGAUUUAUUCGAAGAGGCGGGGGCGGCGGAGUCGGCGGAGCGUACAGAGUACGGGGCCGCUGAGGGGGGCAGAGUGGGGCUUGGGGGCUUCGGUUUCAGUCACAGCGGUGCUAGGAGCUUUAUACAGCCCGGAUCGACCAACGGCUCUCCGCCGCAGUCCCCAACCACCGCCCCCUCCUCCUCUUUCCUCCUCCAUCUCUCUCACCCUCACCAAAUGACUAUGGAACCCCCACGGACUCGAUCGCGUUCUCGGUCUGGAUACUACCAGCAGUACGGUGUUGGGAGUAACACCACCGGCGUUACGGUGUCCAGCCACCAUGACCAUCUCCACCAGCAGCAGCAGCAACAACACCACCAACAGCAGCAGGGUGCCGGCUGCGCACCACUCGGAGCUUACAGCAAUCACCCAGAGAACCAGCAGAGAGCUCCGGGAAGCAACGCCUCUCCCGGCAUACACAGGCUCCCCUCCGGGAUGCACCACAUCCCGAUGGCAGGAGCUUCUGGUGGAGCAUAUCAUUGCCACCCUGACCAUGGAUAUGGAGAGGAGAGGGAUAAGAGUGAGGAAAGUCCCAGUCCAAAGCGCCAGCGGCUUUCCAGUCAGUCCGUUUUAGAACAGCUGACCUCAUCUGCGCCCCUGCCAUCUACGCCUUCUCCCCCCAUCCGCCCGUGGGAGUCGGGACCUCCAAGUCGACGGCAGCCUCACCCUCACACCCUCUACCACCAGGAGAGGUGCCUCACUCCGCCACGGCUCAGGCGCAGCCCGCCAGCAAGGCGUCAGCGCGGCCGUCCCUCCAGACCCUCCCGCCACCUGCCUCUUCAUCACCAUCUCUCUGCUCAAGGACCUACACCUCGCCUGUCACCAUCUGAGCUUCAGGAUGAAAACUACCACCACAACCCCCUUCCCUCGCCGCAUCAGAUGUACACGGUACACACUCCAAGCACCUAUUCUCAGCCUCCCACAGCCGGCGGCGGAGGCAGAGGUUCAGAAGAGCCUCGAGCCUUCCACCCCCCUACAUUAUCAUCGCAACUGUUGCACCCAGCUACCCAUCACCACCCCCAUCAUCACCAGCAGCAUCAUCAUCAUCAGCAGCAGCAGCAGCAACAGCAUCAUGCAACCCAACAGCAGCAAGGUGCCAUGGUCUUGGACCUGCACGAUCGGCUGCAGCAGGGCAACGUACCCGUCUCCUACACGGUGACCCCUAUCCCUCCACAUGGUCUGGCAGCGCCUUUGUGUAGCGGUCAGCAUAUUCCCCCUUCCUGCUCCUCUCAACAGCAGGUCCCCGCCUGCAGUGUGGUCUUCAGCACUGGACAACACUACCAUCCGAUGUUACAAGCAUGUUCAAUGCAUCAUUUGCCGGUUUCCUACGCUUUUCCCUCGCUACUGUCUAGUGACCCUCAGUUCCUGAUUUCCCCUCCACCUCAUCUCUCCCACCAUCCGACCCACCUGCCCACACAGUUCCUGCCUUUCCAGACUCAGCCACGAUCGCCCUUACAGAGGAUUGAAAACGAGGUCGAUAUUGUGGGAGACCAGAUCCCUGUUGGAGGAAACUUCAGCUACGCCCACCAUCAUCACCACCAUCAGCCUCCCUCCGCCCUGCCACCUUCUACGCCGCUCCAGUUCCUCUCACACCAUGACCCCCUGUCACAAGAGCUUUUCACAGUGCCAUAUCCCCACUUUAUGCCUCGGAGAUUUGCAAGUCGCCGUUACCGCUCGCAGCAGACUGUGCCGCCGUCUCCCUACCAUCCCAGCUUCCUUCCUUACUUCUUAUCAAUGCUUCCUGUUCCCCCAAAUGUGGCUCCUGCCAUCAGCCUAGAGCUGGAUGUGGAUGAUGGAGAGGUGGAAAACUACGAGGCCCUGUUGAACCUCGCCGAGCGUCUAGGGGAGGCCAAACCCAGGGGUCUCACCAAGGCAGAUAUAGAACAGCUUCCAUCAUACAGGUUUAAUCCCAACAACCAUCAGUCUGAGCAAACACUAUGUGUCGUGUGUAUGUGCGACUUCGAGUCCCGCCAGCUCCUCAGAGUACUCCCCUGUAAUCAUGAGUUCCACGCAAAGUGCGUUGACAAGUGGCUUAAGGCAAACCGCACCUGCCCUAUCUGUCGAGCCGAUGCCUCUGAGGUCCAGCGGGACUCUGAGUGACCUCUAAUAAAUACAAUCCCCAAUUCUGUUUUUUGGAUGCACCAACACAUAAAUGAACUCGAUUAUGCUUUCACAUGACUGGGACCACUGCACAUAAAUCCUUCACUCUUCAAACAGCGUAGAGGUGUCAAAAACGUCCGCUCAGUCUUGCUUACUUUAUAACUGGACUUCUUAAGCCUUCGUUUUUUGAUUUUAAGACUUCUUCUAGUCUGCCAUCUUCUGAUGGUUGCUAUGAAUGACCUUUUAGACACAACCAGCUGCAGAUCUUUUUUGAAUGCCAUCAUGAAUACUUCACAAUUUGAGUGGCCAGUUUAUGGAUAGAGGACCUAUGUGGAAUUGUAUUCAGAGUUUUUGUUGAAAGUCGGCUUUCUAAAGAUUAUGACAACAUUUCCGUUAUCAUUGUGAUCCAGCAUUCAUAUCUUGUUGUGAAGAAGCUUUUUUUUUUUUUUCGUUUCUGCUUUUUGUAAUCGAGUUGAACUGAAAUCAAGUUUAUAGAAAACAAAAUGGUGAGUUUUAUUACUCCCUAUUCUUGUUUUUCCUGAGUCAAGUCAGCCUGUUUGGUGGAAAACAAAUUUCACCUGUUCAUCUGAAGUGAACCUACAUCUUUACUUUCGUCAACGUUUGGAAGAUUUUGUGUGGACACAUCUUCAUAAAUAUUUGAAUGCAACUGAUUUAAAUCAGUGAAACUAUCAUUGCUCUGAAAAAAUCUGAAUCUAUUCUUGAUCUAUAUGGUUGGUACGAGUCAUUUUCAUAAAUUAUUGUGUUGUGUUCCAAUUCAUUUUUCACCACCUACCAAGAACAACUUCGACACACUGUUCAGGUCUUAACUAGCUCUACUUCGUUUCACUGGCAGAUUUUACGCUGCAGCACUUUACAGUGAUUUAAUAACUACAUCGCUUUCUUUGCAUUCUGAACAAACCAGUUUUAAGUUCGGUCAUCCACAGUAACGUAAUAGGCCCAAGUUUUCACAUUCUUAUAAGACUUUUUGGUCUGUGUAGUUGUUUUUAGACAUUAUCUGUUAGAGGUACAGGCAAGGGGAUUUAAAGCUCUGUCUACAUGAGGUGAAAAGGAAGAUCCCGCUCCAUCCUUUGUUGGUAUUAGUAACAUGUCAUAAUAGGUUUGACGCAAAAUGUUGAAAAACUAACAAAAAAGCACUAAAUUGUUCAGAGAACUGCUCUCUCUGCACAUCUUCUCGGCUGCUGAUUCAACUUGAGGAGCCUGGAUUUAGAAUACCCACAAGAUCACAGAAGACUGCAUAUUUUUUAUUUUUUUGGGGGUAAAUUCCCUUGUGUCCUUUUAUCCUUAUGUUGGUUCGUCAUAAUGAUCCAGAAAGAUCCAGUCCUAUUAAAGCUACCGCUGUUUGAUUGUAUUCACUGCUUGUUUCAUCUCAUUGGAAAACAUUUAGAGCAGAAACUGCACGAAGUGCUCUGGAGAGUUCAUUGAGCCAUCUUCAGUAGCUUAUGUGUGAUUCUGAUACCUUUUUAUUCAUCUGCAUCUUCUCCAGGUCCACCUCACGUUACGGGAUCAAUACGAAAGCCAACUUGUUUGUUCAAACCGCAUUUUUGCUUUCCACCAAGUGCAAACUGCGGUAAUGUCCGAGUAGGUUGUUACUUAAAUACGCUGUUCUUCAUCGUCAGUGAAAAUCAUCGCAAUCUGUAAAAACUGCAUCCGUCAUCUUUUUUUUAGAGGUCAUAUUUGUGAUUGUAUGCAUCCAUUUUGUGUUGUAGGAUUGCAUUGUUUUGUUUUCUGGUACACUAGCAAUUACCUCAGUCCCACUAUUUAUAUCUUCUGAGAAUAUGGCGCAAACGGUAUGAUUUGUGCUUUCAUUCUGCUAAUCUUUUUCAUGCAGAUCGCUGUGUUGUAUGACAACUUUCUCUUAAAAACUCAAUGAAGCUGUAUUAUUCAAAUGGUGUCAUAGUAGUUUUAUUAUGUAUUAUAUCUGUAACCAAAAUCAUUUGAAGGCUUGUGAUGAAAUUUUUAACAAACAUUUGUACAUUUUGUAUGAGAGUUACUUAUGGUAAUACUUUAAGUAGUGCAAUGAUUUUUUUAAUCCCUUACCCCAUCUUUUGGAUUUCAAAAGCUGGUUCAAUAAUAAAUGUAUAACAUCCUCUUCUUA